AUGUCUAACAACAAUUCAUUGCCUUGUAUUCAAAAGUUAAAUCAAUUAAAUGAAUCAGCAUGGCUUGCGAUGGGUGCUGCUGCCGAAUUGUUGCAAGAAUAUGAUAGAGCAAUGAGUGCGUAUGAAUCAGCCUUGCGACAUAAUGCUUAUUCUAUUACUGCUUUACAGGGUAUUGCCUCACUUUGUCGGGGAAGAGAACAGUUUCCAAGGGCUAUUGAGUAUUUUCAAAGAAUUUUAAAUAUUGAUGCAAGGAAUGGUGAUAUUUGGGGAUCUUUAGGUCACUGCUAUUUGAUGAUGGAUGAGUUACAAAAGGCAUACGGUGCAUACCAACAAGCAUUGUAUCAUUUACCCAAUCCUAAGGAACCUAAACUCUGGUAUGGGAUAGGAAUACUUUAUGACCGUUAUGGCUCACUUGAUCACGCCGAAGAAGCUUUUUCUCAAGUUAUAAGAAUGGAUUCUAAAUUUGAAAAAGCAAACGAAAUCUAUUUUAGAUUGGGGAUCAUUUAUAAACAACAACUAAAAUACGAACAAAGUUUAGAAUGUUUCAAAUAUAUUUUAAAUAAUCCGCCAAGACCUUUGACAGAAGUUGAUAUUUGGUUUCAAAUCGGACAUGUGUAUGAACAACAAAAAAACUUUACCACUGCCAAAGAAGCUUACGAACGCGUUCUAAUAGAUAAUCCUACCCACGCAAAAGUAUUACAACAACUUGGUUGGCUAUAUCAUCAACAAAGUCCUUUCAGGAACCAAGAUGUGGCAAUCUCUUAUUUAACUAGAUCUUUAGAGUCAGAUGGCAAUGAUGCACAAGCUUGGUAUUUCCUUGGACGUUGCUACAUGGCUCAACAAAAAUACGGCAGAGCGUACGAGGCUUACCAACAAGCAGUUUUUCGUGAUGGAAGAAAUCCAACAUUUUGGUGUUCUAUUGGUGUUUUAUACUAUCAAAUAAAUCAAUAUCGUGACGCGUUGGAUGCUUAUAGUCGAGCAAUUCGUUUAAAUCCAUACAUUAGUGAAGUAUGGUACGAUCUUGGCACAUUAUACGAAUCGUGCAACAAUCAAGUAAAUGAUGCGUUGGAUGCAUAUCAGCGAGCUGCUGAAUUAGAUCCAGCAAACCCUCAUAUAAAACAAAGAUUGCAGAUGCUUAGAAAUCAACAAACUCAAGGUGGCCAAACAACUGCGCCGAUUCCUCAGGAUAUAAACCCUCAGGCUUUUCAACAACAAACAAAUCCUAAUUCAAUGUUUGGAAAUAAUCCCGGACCAUUAUUAGGUUCUAGCUCCUCAUCUUCAACUUUAAUCCAACGUGAUAUGUCUCGUAAAUUGCCACCGAUGAAUGCCACCCUUUCACCAACACCAACUCAACCCACUCCGUUAAUACCUCCAAUAUCAACUCAUAUUCGUGACUCAACAAGAUCUAAUUCUCCACCACCAACACAAUUGCCGCCUCCAAUACAAAGACCAUCAUCUCCCUCAUUGGUCCAACGUGAUAUGUCUCGUAAAUUGCCACCGAUGAAUGCCACCCUUUCACCAACACCAACUCAACCCACUCCGUUAAUACCUCCAAUAUCAACUCAUAUUCGUGACUCAACAAGAUCUAAUUCUCCACCACCAACACAAUUGCCGCCUCCAAUACAAAGACCAUCAUCUCCCUCAUUGGUAGUAUCUAGUUCUCCACCCCCACCUUCAUCACUUUCACAAUUACCACCUCCGCCUACACAACGUUCAUCCCCUCCUCCAUUAGUGUCUCCAUCAUCGCAACAACAUCAUCACCAUGUUAAUGAAUCAAAUAGGGCUAAUUCUCCCCCACCUCCACCCAGCAAUACUUCUACUAAUAGUAAUCAGCAUUCUCUUAAUAGUAUUAUGUCACCGCAUGACUAA